UAUUUCCAAACCCACUCCCUGUCUCUCUUCAAACCCCUAUUUCCAAACCCUACACAAAGUCGAUCUAUUCUCACAACUCCAAGGGGACUCUCUCUCUCUCUCUCUCUCUCUCUUUAAACCCUAAUUUCAGUCUCAGAGGAUCGAAUCAAUACGAAGUUCUCUCGCUCGAUUCCUCUUCAGCAUGGUGAUUCCUCUUAGUGAUUCAUCUCAAAGCGAUUGCGAUUUUGAUUUUGAAGUUCUCUCUCUCUCGAUUGUGAGCACCACCUUCUACAAUCUUAGAAAAAUCGAUCGAAUCCUUCAAAACCUUCUUCAGCUCGGUGAUUCCAGUUGUGGUGUUCGUCUUUGUGGAUUUGGAACUCUUCGUCUUCUUCGAUCAGUGAGAUCAGAGGAUCUUAAAGCUUGUCCAAUUUUAUCAUGGAAGUUGAGAAAUUUCCCUAUUUUCAGUUGCAGAACAGCAUAUGAACUUCACUUGUCAAAUUUUCAGAUAUAUUGAUUUUUUAAUUUUUUAAUUUUUU